UUUUGCAACUUCAUUUGUUUUGUUUUGUUCUGAAUAAUGUUCAAAUGAUAAUAAAAAAAAUAAUUAAACAAUGGCUAUAAAUAAAUGUGUGAUAUUUUGCUGCUGCCUUGCAGCUGUGGCAAGCGCAGCAGAGCUUGUUGAUAAAAACAAAAGUGAUCAGGGAAAUUUAAGAGGCAAAGUUACCUAUUUGGAGGCUGGUGAAAUUCAUAUUUAUGAACCAAUACGUAGACAUCGUGGUUUCUUUGAGAAUGAUUUGCGUACCUAUUGCUACAAAGGAGAACAAAAGACACUGGGACGUCUGUUUGAGACUGUGGAAUUGAUACUAGAGAUUGAUAGUGAUGAUUAUACACAAUAUGAUGGCGCUACUCCGGCCGAAGUACAAGAGCAUUAUGAAGAACAUCGUUCCUUAUUUAGUUUUAAUCUAUUUAGCCAAAAACGUACACGCUUACAAUUAUCGCCAUUUGCUUCCAGUUGUAUGGGCAUAGAGACAAUAGAAUCAUAUCGUAUACGUUUACAAAAAGUAAGAGUAGAUUUUUGGCGUGUUAUCCAAUUGGUAGUGGGUUGUUUGGUUUUCCAUUAUGCCGGAAAAUUAUCCAAGAAUGCAGUAUUUUAUUAUAUAACAGGAGUAGCAUUGGGUAUUUGUUCCUCUUUUAUGUUGCUAAUAUGGUUGUCAAGUAAAUUAAUACCAAGACGCACCAUGAUGUAUGGCGUUUUAGUUGGUGGCUGGGCUAUUGGUUUAUAUGUCAUACAAAUGCUGUGGGAAAAUCUUCAGCUUAUUAUUCUAACCUAUCGUACUUAUGUGUUUUGGUAUAUUUUCAUAACCGGUAUUGUGUCCUUCUUUUUCUGCUACCGCUGGGGUCCUCCCACCAAUAAACGCUCCAAGAAUAUUAUUAAAUGGUUGCUGCAACUGAUGUCUUUGAUUAUGAUUUAUUUUUCGAGUCGCUAUGAAGAAGCCACUGCUGCCAUAAUUAUUUUAACCAUCAUUUUACAUUAUUUCCCACGUUCUUUGUGGUACAGGGGUCGAGCUUUCUGGUUGCGUAAAUUUCCGCCCAAACGUCGUUUUCUUACCAAUGAGGAAUAUUAUGAACAGGGUGUUCGAGAGACAACAAAGGCACUGGGUGAAUUGCGCACAUUUGCCAGCAGUCCGGAAUGUAAUCAAUGGAGGGUCAUGAGUAAACUACGCGAUCCAAUGCGUUUUGCAGCAUUUGUGGAGGGAGCCUCACAUUUACGCGAUGAAGAAAUUUUACAUUUUGAAUCGUCAAAGUACUCAGAUGAUUUAGAUGAUUCCGACAUUAGCCUCAAUGACAGUGAAGAAGAGAAUGAAGUGCAGCAGCAUCGUUCUGACAAAUAUUAUAAUAACGGACAACAUCAUUCAAAUGCCGUUGGCGAUAUAAGUGAAGAUGAAGAUGAACCAGACCAAGAUGAAAGCAAUUUUAGGGGUAGAGUUACACCGUCACGCUAUCACCUUAGUCAAGCUUCUACAUCAGCAACUGUCAAUUCGGCCAAACAAAGACCACGAAAUAUCACUCCCACAAUAAGAGCACGCCAUUCAAGCGCUCCUAGAUCGGUGACGCGAUCUUCAAGAGUUUAUGAACAUGAAUUGAGUGAGGAGGGUUAAAUGUUAAAGACUAAUUUGCAUUGAAAUUUAACGACUAGCUUUUAAAUACAUACAUAUUUUUUUUUUUGUAAUAUUUUGGACUAUUUACUUUUUAAAUAUUACUUAUUAUUAUCUUUGUAUUCUGUUGUCUGUGUCAAUGACCCGCCAGUUGUAUCUAAACUUUAAUUGAAUUGAAUUAUUAUAAGACUUUGUAUUUAGUGUUCUUGUUCUAUGUUUAAUUAAACAUUUUAAUUUCAUUAUUAUUUCUAAAAAUCAUUUCAUCAAUACAAUGUUUAGGUUAGCUUAUAAAAUUAAAAAAAAAACAUUUAAUUGUCUCGAGAAUAAAUAAAUUUAAUAAAUUUAGGUUUAUUUAAAUUAAACAAAUAUUGCUCAAUCUCAAUUUUUUAAUUUUAAGAUUUUUCUAUAUUUUUAUUAAAUAAUUGAAUUAAUUACUUAAUAAAGUUAUAUAAACAAAACAAA